CCAGAGAGCAACGCACGAGUUUCCGAACAAAUGUGAAGAAAUCAAUGGCAACGUGGAAGACCCCUUACCGAUCGCAUUAACCCGUGCCUGCUUUCUGAUGUGCAGUUAAUUAUGCAGGAGCACAUGCAAUGCCAUCCUAAGAAGCACUGCAAGUGAUAGGGUGGUCAAGCAAUUUAGCAAGUUUUUUGCAAUGGGAGAUCUGUAUCAAGGGAGUACCCAAAGCAUGAUGAUGAAAUCUGAACACAUGUGUUACAUUUGUGGAAGUGCUGGUUUCAUUGCAUCAAGAUGCAUGACAGAUAGCCUAGGCACUUCUGGAAUAAGCAUUGAGGAAAAGCUGUACCAGAUUAUGUCUGUGGAUGUACCAAAUGACAGACACAGUGAAAUUGUGUGUGAAGAAUGUUUCUCACUGUUGGAGAACAUCACAAAGCAACAGAAUGCUCUGUACAUAAUGAUACAGGACAUAAAUGAGAAACUGAAUAAUACCUGCCAAAAGAUGCUGCAGUUAAGAAAUGGUGGUGAUGACAGCAAGCAUGUGUUAGAGGCAGCUGUGGCAGACGAGCCGGAAUCGGGGUCGGCCUCGUCGGACGCAGCGUCGCCGGCAGACGCGCGUCCGUCGUCGCCGGCCGAGGAGCCGGCCGCACCGCCCGCCUGCGUCGACUGCCCGGGCCGCGCCUUCUCCAGCGCCGCCUCGCUGCGCCGCCACCGGCGCAAGAAGCACGAGCGCCACCUGAGCUGCCCCUUCUGCAGCCGGCCGGUGCGCGAGACUUACCUCGAGAUGCACAUCCUCAUCAAGCACUCAAAGACGGAGAAGGGCUAUCUGUGCACACUCUGUGACCGCUCCUACGAGUCGGCCAAAUACCUGAAGGUGCAUCUGCGCACGGUACACAGCGACGGUAAGCAGUACCAGUGUACCGAGUGUGGUCGCUUGCUGGCCAACCGCGGCAGCCUGCACGCGCACAUGCAGCGGCACGCGCGCAGCCACCAGUGCUCGCUCUGCGGCCGCCGGUUCGCGCUGCUCAAGCAGCUCGAGACGCACGCGCGGCACCACACGGGCGAGCGGCCGUUCCUCUGCACCGACUGCGGCAAGGCCUUCAUCUCAGUCGAGCGCCUGCGCAAGCACGCGCACGUGCACGCGGUGGCGCCGACGUGCGAGGCGUGCGACCGCGUGUUUGCCAGUCGCGCCGGUCUCGAGGCGCACCGGCGCACGCAUAGCGGCGACCGGCCGUUCGCCUGCACCGUGUGUGCCAAGACGUUCAAGCGCGCCGCCCACCUGAGCGACCACGUGGCCAGCGUGCACGGGGAGGACCGGCCUUUCAAGUGCGACCAGUGCGAGCGCUCCUUCACCCUGGAGCCGUACCUGAAGCGCCACCAGCGGCUGCACGGCGGCCAGAAGCCGCACGGCUGCGCCGCCUGCGGCAAGCGCUUCUUCAAGAAGUACAACCUGCAGGCGCACCUCAAGACGCACGAGGCAGACUAG